AUGGGUGUAUAUGAGGCUGGUGUGAAUGGCACCAAUAGUACAACAACAGCGACAACUUGUAGUUGCUGUGAUAUGAGCAUGAAGUGUUGGUGUAGAUGGAGAUGGGAAAAUCAGCAACAGCAGCAGCAACAACAUCAUAAUAUGUUGCUCCAAAGAUUGGUUUCUCUUGUGUUUUCCUCUGGUUUUAUGUUCUUUUUGGGGUGUUUGGUUUUGUAUGGAUCUAUUGGUGUGUUUUAUGGUUGGCUUGUGUUUAGUAAGCCUUCUUUACGUAGCACAAAUGUUGGUGUUGGGUUAAAUUCACUUGGUUGUCAAGAAGACAAUGAGGGUUCUUGGUCUAUUGGUGUUUUUUAUGGUGAUUCUCCUUUCUCUCUCAAACCAAUUGAAGCUGUGAAUGAAUGGAGAGAUGAGGGUGCGGCAUGGCCGGUUGCUAACCCCAUUGUCACUUGUGCUUCGCUUUCUGAUGCUAGUUUCCCCAGUAAUUUUGUUGCCGACCCUUUUCUUUAUGUUCAGGGGGAUACAUUUUUCCUAUUCUUUGAAACAAAGAAUUCAAUUACCAUGCAAGGAGAUAUUGCAGUUGCAAAAAGUACUGACAAGGGAGCAACUUGGCAACAGUUGGGCGUUGCCUUGGAUGAGGAAUGGCAUCUAUCCUAUCCCUAUGUAUUCAACUACCUUGGCCAAAUAUAUAUGAUGCCCGAGAGCAGCCAGAAAGGGGAACUUCGCCUUUAUCGAGCGCUUAAUUUUCCACUGCAGUGGACACUGGAGAAGGUUCUAAUAAAAAAGCCCCUUGUUGAUUCUUUUAUCAUUAAUCGUGCUGGAGAAUAUUGGCUUUUUGGUUCAGAUCACAGUGGUUUUGGAACCAGGAAGAAUGGACAGCUGGAAAUCUGGUACAGUAGCUCACCACUUGGUCCUUGGAAAUCACACAAGAAGAAUCCCAUUUACAAUGUUGACAUGAGUGUGGGAGCUAGAAAUGGAGGCAGACCAUUUGUGUAUGAUGGAAACCUUUAUCGUGUUGGUCAAGACUGUGGUGAAACAUAUGGGCGACGAGUGCGUAUCUUCAAGGUGGAAGUUCUUACUAAGGACGAUUACAAAGAAGUUGAAGUUCCCUUGGGAUUGGAAGAGCCCAAUAAGGGACCCAAUGCUUGGAAUGGUGCACGUUAUCAUCACCUUGAUGUGCAGCAGCUAAGUUCUGGUAAAUGGAUAGCUGUCAUGGAUGGAGACCGUGUACCUUCAGGAGAUUCAGUUCAUCGCUUUAUUCUUGGCUUUGCUUCACUUGCUGCUGUCAUCAUUGUUGUUGUAGUAUUGGGUGUGCUACUUGGAGCAGUGAAGUGCAUUAUUCCGGUCAACUGGUGUGCUCACUACUCAGGGAAGAGAAACAAUGCUCUCUUGGGUUGGGAAAGGUCAAAUUUGUUUUCUUCAAAGGUGAGACGGUUUUGCAGCCGACUGAACAGAGUUCCUUUGUUUAUUCGAGGAAAAAUAAAGCCUAAUACUUGGGCUGGAAAAUUGGUUUUAGCUGUAACUUUUGCAGUUGGAGUUGCAUUAAUAUGUACAGGUGUUAAAUAUUUGUAUGGAGGCAAUGGUGCUGAAGAAGCUUAUCCAUUAAAUGGUCACUACUCUCAGUUCACUUUAUUGACGAUGACCUAUGAUGCACGGCUUUGGAAUUUGAAAAUGUAUGUGAAGCAUUAUUCAAGGUGUUCUUCAGUUAGAGAGAUUAUUGUGGUUUGGAACAAGGGCAUACCUCCCAGAUCAAGUGAUCUAGACUCAACAGUGCCUGUUUGGAUCAGAGUAGAAGAACAAAACUCACUGAACAACCGGUUCAAGAAAGAUCCAAUGAUCACAACCCGUGCUGUUCUUGAGCUUGAUGAUGAUAUCUUGAUGACUUGUGAUGAUAUUGAACGGGGAUUCAAUGUAUGGCGUCAACACCCAGAUCGAAUUGUUGGCUUCUAUCCCCGUCUCAUUAGUGGCAGUCCAUUGAAAUAUAGGGGCGAGAAAUAUGCCCGACGUCAUAAAGGUUAUAACAUGAUUCUCACUGGAGCAGCUUUUGUUGACCGUACAGUAGCUUUUGAUAGGUACUGGAGCAAGGAAGCUAAGGUAGGAAGGGAACUGGUAGAUAGGUAUUUUAACUGUGAGGAUGUGCUUUUGAAUUACUUGUAUGCAAAUGCAAGCUCAUCCCAGACUGUUGAGUACGUGAGACCAACCUGGGCAAUAGACACAUCUAAAGUCUCUGGGGUUGCAAUUAGCAGGAAUACAAAUGUGCAUUACAAGAUAAGAAGUAACUGUCUCCUGAAAUUUUCUGAGAUCUAUGGAAGUAUAGCUGACCGAAAGUGGGAAUUUGAUGGGCGGAAGGAUGGUUGGGAUUUAUAG